AUGAACACGUUCCGGUUCCGCCUCAAUUGCAUCGAUCACUAUCAGGCGGUGCCUACUGAGCUUGAUCCGGCCCUUAGGCGUGCACCUGGUUCUUCCCAGCGCCAGCGCGCCCCUCCAGUUCCUGUCAUCCGCGUCUUUGGUGCCACAGAGACCGGGCAGAAAGUAUGCGCCCAUAUCCAUGGCGCAUUGCCGUAUCUCUACUUGGAAUAUAAUGGCAGUCUGGAGCAUGAUUCAGUCAACGCGUACAUGCGAAGUCUACGCGCUUCGAUCGACCAUGCGCUUGCCGCCACCUACCGACGCAACGCCUACGACGGGAAGGCCGUCUAUGUAGGACACAUUACUUUGAUAAAAGGCGUACCGUUCUAUGGAUACAAUGUUGGAUAUAAAUUCUUUUUGAAGGUUUAUAUGCUGAACCCAGCACACAUGACACGAUUUGCCGAUCUUCUGCACCAAGGAGCGAUCCUGGAUCGCAUCUUUCAACCCUAUGAAAGCCACCUACAGUAUCUCUUGCAGUGGAUGUGCGACUACAACCUUUACGGGUGUGCCUAUAUCGAUUGCGCGAAAGUGCAAUUUCGGGGGCCUGUGCCGGACAGCGACACAAUCGAUGUCACGACCCAUAAGUGGCACAACGCAUUAAUUUCCGACCAUCUCCUUGCCGACCAGGACCAGUAUCCCCGUCAGAGUCAUUGCUCCCUUGAGGUGGACGUCUGCGUACAGGACAUACUGAAUAGACAUGAGCUACACUCACGUCCAAUCCAUCACGAUCUCUUCGAGCAAGCUUUUGCUUUGAAGCCAGACGAAAAAUAUGUUCCUUCAAUGGCUGGUCUGUGGCGGGACGAAACGCUCCGGCGCAAACGACGCAUGGGCCUGACCGACCCUUCGAGUAGCCCUUUCCCACCUGAAGUACUUGUGUCCAUGUCCGCAGAUGCAAGGAAUACAGGCAAGGGAGGGUGGGUUCACGAAGAUGAGUAUCGAGAGCUCCUGGAAAAAAUUGUCGAGGAUGAAAGUCGCCAUGGUUCUGUUGCAGAUAAAGCAAAAUUCGUAAAGCCUACUGAAGGUGAAGCGCACAUCAAGACAGCACUAGAAAGUGUGGAGGACCUUUACCCUGGCAAAAUUGAAAAACAUACUCUAUUAGAAGACGAGGAUCACAUUCAAGGUUUAGGUGAGCAAGAUUUGGAACUUCCAGAUGCUCAAUCACACAUAUCGCUACCCGAGGAUAGUCCUGAUAUCGCAGAAGUCAGCGAAGACAUGGAUGUAGAUAAUCCGACCGACUUGGAUGACCCACCGUCAUUGGACCCUCUUAGUGUUUCCGAAGCGCAGAACAAAAAACAAAGCGAGCAAGAAGGUGAACUGUUCAGCGGCAGCUCCAACGAACUGAGAGAUAAUCAUAACGAAGAUCGUGCACACGACUCCGGCACUUCUAGUGGCACGCGAAAGCGGUCCGCUUCUUGGGAAGAGGAAAGGUUGGGUAAAAAGCAUCGGCUUUCGCAGGACAACAGGAACAAUGCUCGAGUGUCUUCUCUUCCUGUAAACGCCGACGAGCAUAUCUUACACGACAGAGCAAAACAGUCUCGUCCCAGUCACUCAUCGCAGGGUGAUACCAGGUCGAGCACGUUGCCAUUUCCGGUGGUCAAGAACCCAAAUGCCCCCGAGACCCGCCUGCGUUUGAGCCAGAAUGAGAAAUCGAAAUCACAACACGCUUCUCGAUCGCCGUCAUCGAAAGGUAAAACGCCUGGACGCGAGCUCAAUCAAGGGACGUGGCAACCACGUCUGACUUCUCACCCUACAUCUCUUGCUGAUCACAAAACAAAUAGCCUUAGCAAUGGCGCAAAAGCAACGAGCUCUAUAGUGACUCGAUUAGCAGAGGCUACCAAAACCCGCCUGCAAACCCUACACUAUGGGGCAUUGCCACCUUCUGCCAGUUCGGUGCAGACUUCAGUAUCUGAUGGCGGGCUCCGGGUCUUGUACCGAGAUGCCUAUUACAGCGAUGAGACUGACGUCCCUGAACGAUCGCGGGAGUACGCCGGACGAGAAUUUACCCUGCCAAGUACUACUAUUCCAUAUCUACCUUUGUUCGACCCUGACUGUACUUCGGCUUUCGGCUACGAAGAAGAAUUCGUGGAUAGAAAGCAUGUCGAGUAUCACCUGCGUACCCUGCAAUGCAGUCUGCGACACUGGGAGCUUGGAGUAGCUCCGCCAUCUUACAAAAAAGUAGAGAGGUGGCUUCGUAACGAGUCGAAAGACGAUGCUGUUGACCCAGCACCAAAGGCGACAAAACCACUACAGCAACGUAAAACCCCGAACCACGUCUCGCAAGUAGAAGGACCCACUCAGAAAAACAAACAUGGUUUCAAGUACUCGCAAAAGAAAGCAUCGACGAGCGUCAAGCACGAAACGCAGUAUAUGAGUAUCAUGAGCUUAGAGGUACACAUCAAUACGAGAGAAGCGUUUGCGCCAGACCCUGCAAAAGACGAAAUUCAGUCCAUAUUCUGGUCCAUACAAGGUGAAGAGGGUGCAAGCAACGAUCAUCACCGUGCCGGUAUGCUUUGUCUUUCUGAUGAUGAGGGGAUCGUAAACCAGAUACGAAAACAGACAUCAAUCGCAGUGGACUAUGAAGAAGAUGAGCUAGACUUGAUCAAUCGGAUCGUCGAUAUCGUACGGCACUUUGAUCCGGACAUAAUGGCCGGAUAUGAAGUUCAUAAUGGCUCAUGGGGCUACUUGAUUGAACGCGCUCGCUUGAAGUUCGAGUACGAUCUUUGCGAUGAGAUCAGUCGUACCAAGUCACAGUCGCACGGCAGGUUCGGCAAAGAAGCCGAUCGGUGGGGCUUUACCCAUACUUCUACUAUCCGAGUAACUGGUCGUCAUAUGAUCAACAUCUGGCGGUCCAUGCGAGGGGAACUCAACUUGCUUCAGUAUACCAUGGAGAAUGUCGUCUUUCAUCUCUUACACAAGCGAAUUCCGCACUACCAAUACUCUGACCUUACAACGUGGUACAAGAGUCCAAAGCCGCGAGACCUGGCCAAAGUCAUUGACUAUUUCAUCACCAGAGUGCAGCUUGACCUGGACAUACUAGAAGCCAACGAGAUCGUCCCUAGAACAAGCGAACAGGCACGACUACUCGGCGUCGACUUCUUCUCUGUUAUCUCGCGAGGCUCGCAAUACAAGGUAGAAUCUACCAUGUUUCGCAUCGCAAAGCCAGAAAAUUACAUCCUCGUCUCUCCCAGUCGAAAGCAAGUUGGCCAACAGAACGCCCUCGAGUGUUUACCUCUGGUUAUGGAGCCUCAAAGUGCCUUCUACCCAGGCCCACUUCUAGUCCUUGACUUUCAAUCUCUCUACCCCAGCGUUAUGAUAGCUUACAACUAUUGUUACUCUACAUGCCUGGGUCGCGUCGUUCCUUGGAGAGGCAGAAACAAGAUUGGCUUUACAGAUUUCGACCGCGAGUCGGGUCUGCUAAAUCUUGUCAAAGAUUAUGUUAAUAUCGCACCUAACGGUAUGAUGUACGUCAGGCCUGAGAUGCGCAAGUCUCUACUUGCUAAGAUGCUUGGGGAGAUAUUGGAGACCCGCGUCAUGGUGAAGAGCGGGAUGAAAACAGAUCGGGACGACAAGAUGCUACAACAGCUGCUUAACAACCGACAAUUAGCUUUAAAGUUGUUGGCAAACGUCACCUAUGGAUAUACAUCAGCCUCAUUUUCUGGCCGAAUGCCGGCCUCUGAGAUCGCCGACAGUAUCGUUCAGACUGGUCGAGAGACGUUGGAGAAGGCAAUCGCAUUCAUCCACUCUGUUGAAAAGUGGGGUGCCGAAGUCGUAUACGGUGACACAGACUCCCUGUUUGUCUACCUCAAGGGACGCACGCGAGACCAAGCCUUCACUAUCGGAGAAGAGAUUGCUGAAGCAAUCACGCGAAGAAACCCACGCCCGAUGAAACUCAAAUUUGAGAAGGUGUACCAUCCUUGCGUGCUUCUGGCUAAGAAGCGCUACGUUGGGUACAAGUACGAAUCUCGCAACCAAAAGGUACCAGACUUUGACGCCAAAGGUAUAGAAACAGUUCGGCGAGAUGGAACGCCAGCGGAGCAAAAGAUUGAGGAAAAGGCACUCAAAAUUCUAUUCGAAACUAGUGAUCUGUCGCAAGUCAAGAGCUACUUCUUAAAUCAGUGCGCUAAGAUCAUGGAAGGGCGUGUCAGCAUCCAGGACUUCCUGUUCGCAAAAGAGGUCAAAUUAGGCACGUACUCUGACCGUGGACCACCGCCGCCAGGCGCUCUCAUCGCAACCAAGCGCAUGCUGGCCGACCCCCGCGCAGAGCCUCAAUAUGGCGAGCGGGUGCCGUAUGUCGUUGUUACUGGUGCACCCAGCGCACGCCUCAUCGAUCGCUGUGUCAGUCCCGAAACACUGCUCCAGAACGACCACAUCGAACUAGACGCAGAAUACUACAUAAUGAAGAAUCUGAUACCACCUCUCGAGCGCAUCUUCAACCUCAUGGGCGCCAACGUGCGGCAGUGGUACGACGAGAUGCCGAAAGUCCAGCGCAUUCGCAACGUCACGCUUCCCCUGAAUCAACAGCAGGCAGUCGCGGCCGCCCUUGUCAAGGAGGGUAACCCGAAUCAUAUCAAAACGCUCGAAGGCUAUCUGAAGAGUUCAGUCUGUCUCAUCUGCCGGUCCAAACUGCCACCUCUUCCGCGGAAUCUCGAUGCGCUCGACGCUGGGUUGAGACUACCGCUUUGCAAACAGUGUCUUAGGAAGCCUGCAAGAGCGCUACUGGGAGUGAAGAAUAUUAUCUGGAAGAGCGAGAAACGGAUGAGUAAUAUUGAUACGAUAUGUAGGAGUUGUUCGAAUCUCGCAUGGGGUGAGACGAUUCGAUGCGACAGUCGGGAUUGUCCUGUUUUCUACACGAGGAUUCGGGAGAAGUCGAGGUUGGCGGGGCUGAGGGAUGACUUGGGGACAGUCGUGGAGGCUCUGGAAGAAGGCAACGAUAUUUGUGUUGAUGAGUCUUCUGAUACAGAAGGGGAAUUCCUCGAUACGGAAGCGGAAGAGUUGGAUGAAGACGGCAUUGAAGAAGACAGCGCUGAAGAUGAUGUAGAGCAACUGGUCUUGGGCGAUGAUUUGGAUUGGUAG